CUGCUAUUUUCAUCAUUCUUUGAAGGUAAUGUCAAGCAAAUGCUUAUGGUUUCUUAAUUUAGUAAAAAGAUUUCAAUUUCAGUUGUCUCCAUGAGAGAUAUGGAAAAUGUCCUAGAUUUCCAUCCGACUUCCUGACCAGAUGAACGAUUUUUUGAACUUACUGCCUUGUUUAGACUGUUUAUACCACUAAUUUGGGUGGAACUGAAUCACGUUUGCAGACUUCCGAUGAAGCACUUUAGAGACCUGAACCAACUUUCCUAUGUUGCGAAGAGGAAAAGUCUCACUGAAUCAACUUAAUCAUCUGCUCCCUCUUGCUUUUUCUGCUGCCUAAGAAGUAUUGCUUAAGAAAGAAGCUUUGGAAUGAGAACAAGAAGUAUGCGGCUGAGGAGACAUCACAGCUUUCCCAGAUUGGGAGGAAAAAUAUGGAAUGUGUUUUACCACUGACUGAACACAACCAAAUGAACUGUACUGACAGUAGUUUGAAAACCAGCAGUUAGCAGUUUGUUCAGGCUCUAACAUUGUCCAGCACUUUCUAGAGCAAACUCACUGUUUACAAGAACUCUCGGCCUUACGACGUUUAUAACCUCAAGCUUUGUUUAUUUAAAAUAUUUCUGCAAAAGAAAAGUACCCGGAGCCCACUUUCCAAAAUGGCCAUGGAUGAGUAUUUGUGGAUGGUCAUUUUGGGUUUUAUCAUAGCUUUUAUCUUGGCGUUUUCUGUUGGUGCAAACGAUGUUGCCAAUUCAUUUGGUACUGCUGUGGGCUCUGGCGUGGUGACCUUGAGACAAGCAUGCAUUUUGGCUUCAAUAUUUGAAACCACUGGCUCAGUGUUACUGGGAGCCAAAGUGGGAGAGACCAUUCGAAAAGGUAUCAUUGAUGUGAACCUAUACAACGAGACAGUAGAAACACUAAUGGCCGGGGAAGUUAGUGCGAUGGUUGGGUCAGCAGUUUGGCAGUUGAUUGCAUCCUUCCUGAGACUCCCCAUCUCGGGCACUCAUUGCAUUGUCGGUUCUACCAUAGGAUUCUCACUUGUCGCGAUUGGCACACAGGGUGUACAGUGGAUGGAGCUCGUCAAGAUUGUUGCUUCUUGGUUUAUAUCUCCACUGUUGUCUGGUUUCAUGUCUGGCGUGCUGUUUGUACUGAUCAGAAUUUUCAUCCUAAAGAAGGAGGACCCUGUUCCCAAUGGCCUGCGGGCACUCCCAGUGUUCUAUGCAGCUACAAUAGCAAUAAAUGUGUUUUCCAUCAUGUACACGGGAGCACCAGGGCUUGGUCUGGUCCUUCCCAUGUGGGCGAUAGCGCUCCUCUCCUUGGGUGUCGCGCUGCUGUUCGCCCUUUUUGUAUGGCUCUUUGUGUGUCCGUGGAUGCGGAGGAAAAUAGCAGGCAAAUUACAAAAAGAAGCUGCUUUAUCACGAGUGUCUGAUGAAAGCCUCGGGAAAAUUCAGGAAGCAGAGUCCCCGGUAUUUAAAGAGCUACCAGGUGCCAAGGCCAAUGAUGACAGCACCGUCCCUCUCACAGGGUCAGCGGGGGAGCCGGCUGGGACCUCGGAAGGCACAUCAGUGGGGAACCACCCCCGGGCCUCCUAUGGAAGGGCACUGUCCAUGACCCAUGGCUCCGCAAAAUCACCCAUCUCCAACGGCACCUUUGGCUUCGACGGCCACACGCGGAGCGACGGGCACGUGUACCACACGGUGCACAAGGACUCGGGGCUCUACAAGGACCUGCUGCACAGAAUGCACACGGACAGGGGCCCUGAGGAGAGGCCCGCCCCAGAGAACAACUACAGGCUGCUGCGGCGCAACAACAGCUACACGUGCUACACGGCCGCCAUCUGCGGGCUGCCCGUGCACGCCACCUUCAGAGCCGCCGACUCAUCCUCCGCGCCCGAGGACAGCGAGAAGCUGGUGGGCGACGCCGUGUCCUACUCCAAGAAGAGACUUCGCUACGACAGCUACUCGAGCUACUGCAAUGCGGUCGCAGAAGCCGAGAUCGAGGCCGAUGAGGGGGGUGUGGAAAUGAAGCUGGCUUCUGAGCUGACCGAUCCCGACCAGCCCCGGGAGGACCCCGCGGAGGAGGAGAAGGAGGAGAAGGACACCGCCGAGGUCCACCUCCUGUUCCAUUUCCUGCAGGUCCUCACUGCCUGUUUUGGAUCCUUUGCUCAUGGUGGCAAUGACGUGAGUAACGCCAUCGGUCCCCUGGUAGCCUUGUGGCUGAUUUACGAGCAAGGUGCAGUCCUGCAAGAAGCAGCGACCCCCGUCUGGCUGCUGUUUUAUGGAGGAGUUGGAAUCUGUACCGGCCUCUGGGUCUGGGGGAGAAGAGUGAUCCAGACCAUGGGGAAGGACCUCACUCCCAUCACACCAUCGAGCGGCUUCACCAUCGAGCUGGCCUCCGCUUUCACCGUGGUGAUCGCCUCCAACGUCGGGCUUCCGGUCAGCACCACGCACUGCAAGGUGGGCUCGGUGGUGGCCGUGGGCUGGAUCCGCUCCCGGAAGGCCGUGGACUGGCGUCUCUUCCGGAAUAUCUUUGUGGCCUGGUUUGUGACUGUGCCCGUGGCUGGCUUGUUCAGCGCUGCUAUCAUGGCCCUCCUCAUGUACGGGAUCCUCCCCUACGUGUGAUUUGUGUCUUCUUCCACGCCACGCACAUAGGGUGGUCUGGGGUGGGCACGUAGGGGUGGCACAUGGCACGCGUCCUGCCCAUGCGCAGGCUGCCCACCCCCACCCCCAGCUUCUCCGCGUCCCUUUCCUAGGGUUCCAAACCACACUGUUCACCUACACUGUAGAGUCCCCCUCCAGAGCUAACUUAACUACUGUACAGAGUCACGUGCAUUAAACUGGUAUCGUGGUGACA